UUUUACUGCAAUCUAGGGUUUUUGUACGCGGACAAUCAUCGUCUUGAAGUAUCUCUGUCUUCGGCCUCUGAAGCUUCGGAUCUACUCAGCGAAGAAGAAUGGGUCACUCCAACGUUUGGAACUCUCAUCCCAAGAACUACGGUCCUGGUUCACGUACCUGCCGUGUUUGUGGGAACCCUCAUGGAUUGAUCAGGAAGUAUGGGCUUAUGUGCUGCAGGCAGUGCUUCCACAGCAAUGCUAAGGCGAUUGGCUUCAUCAAGUACCGUUGAGGACAAGGUUCAGUGCUCAGAAAAAGAAUGAAAGGACAGGAUUCAGUUCUGGUUUUCAGUAUGCAAUUAAGGAAAUGAAAUUGAGAAAUCUUUAUUUGCUCUAUGAGUCAUUUUAUAAAUAAAUUUAGAUGAGGAACUUGUUAUGGUUGUUUAUCCUCGAGUACUCUGGACUAUAUCUUCAAUUUUAGCGGAUGUUGAUGUUUAGUUUGUACAACAAUCUAGAUGCACUUUUUGGUGUUUUAUGUAUCACCCAGAUAUGAGUGCCUAUUCACUAUUCUUCAACAUUUUUUAACGUGUCUUAAUGACAUUCCACUGAUUUGGCUGCA